GCCUUUCAGUGCCCAUCAGUGGCACCUACCAGUGCCUCCUCAUCAGUGCCCAUCAGUGCCACCUAUUGGCAUCCAUCAGUGCAGCCUAUCAGUGCAGCCUCAUUAGCGCACAUCAGUGAAGGAGAAAAAUCUCUUAUUUACUAAAUUUAAUAACAAAAACUAAGAAAAAACUUUUUUUUCAAAAUGUUCAGUGGUUUUUGGUUUAAGAAAAAAUAAACCCAGAAGUGAUUAA